AUGCUGCGCGAGGUGCUGCUGUCGCUGCUCAACUUCUCGUUCUGGCUGGCACUGCCGGCUGCCGUUCUCAAGCUGUGGCGCAGCAUCUAUCGUCCUCGCGAGUGGGAAGCCAAGGGCAGGGGAAUCGUCAUCACGGGCGCAUCGAGUGGCAUCGGUGAGGAGCUCGCCUACCAAUACGCCAAGCAGGGCAGCAGGCUGGUGUUGUGCGCUCGACGGGAGGGCGAACUGAAGGCCGUGGCCGAAAAGUGCGAGUCGCUCGGCGCACAGCUCGUGCACUACACGCUGGCCGACGUCAGCAAGACCGAUGACUGCAAGAGGCUGAUGGAGGAGGCGGCCGAGAAGUGCGGCGGAGUCAUCGACAUGAUCGUCCUCAACGCCGGCAUCUCCAUGGGCGUCCCUUUCGAGGAUGUGGAGGACCUGGCCAUCUUCCGGCGGCUGAUGGAGGUCAACUACUACGGCUGCGUGGACUGCACCCACUUUGCGCUGCCCUUCCUCAAGAAGUCGACGCAUGCCAAGAUCCUCGUCAUCUCCUCCCUCGCCGGCAAGGGCGGCGUCCCGCACCGCUCCGGCUACUGCGCCAGCAAGUUCGCCCUCCACGGGUUCUAUGAAACGCUGCGCCAGGAGCUUUCGCCCAAGUACCCGAUCGGGGUGACGCUGGUGUGCCCGGGCUUCGUGAAUACCAACAUCAACGCCACGCGCCUCGGCCCCAACCCCACCACCUUCGACAUCAGCAAGGCCAUGCCCGUCGAGGAGGCGGGGCGGAUCAUCGUGUCGGCGGUGAGGAACGGCAAGCGCGAGGAGGUGUUCACGCGCGAGGGCAAGAUCGGCGAGUGGGUGCGCUUCUUCCUCCCCGAGCUCUACGACGCCGCCGCCAUCCGCAAGAUCGCCGUCGAGACCAAGCGCACCGACCAGCACUAA